AUGGAUAUUCCCUCAUCACAGUGUGAAGGUAACCGGGAGCAAUUACGUCAAGCUCUGAUCCAAGGUUUCCAAGACACCACACCCGCAGAGCGCAAUAAUGUCAAGCCUCAAGCAGCGAGCAAUAAGAAGACAUUGUUUGAACCGCGAAACGGCGGUCUCUUUGCUCUCUCCACGGACGCACAAGAAGGAGAGGAUGAGUCGUCCGACUCGGCAGAAGUAGCCACGCCUCCCGAAAGCGAUCAUGAGGAUAACACCGAGACGAACCGACGAAUGAGAAGAGAUUCUCUGUUUGUGGUGGGUGCUGCCACCGAAACAGUCCCCCUCGCUGACGUUGAUGCUGUGGAGGGUAUGUUCCGAAAGGCGUCCGCCGUGGCGACCUUCGUUUGGUUAGUGUUGGUGGCUGCCACUUUGCUACUGUAUUACCUCAAGCCAGAGGGCAUCACCCUUGUGGAUGACUACGAUGAUGAUGGCACAGAUCGGUUGGUGGCAAGGACAGGUACACUCGUACUUCUAGUCUCGACAACGCUGCAAAUGACUCCGGUUAUCAUGAUGCGAGUUCGUAGCUCCCCACAUUUCCAACAACCGCAUCACCAAGAGUACCAAGACACUUCAGUUUCCGGAAUCAUGGUGGCCGCACUGACCAUCCUUAUGAUCUCCCUAGUUACCAAUGCUCUUUUGGGAUGGGGACCCCGAGCUGUUCUCAUUGACCCUAUGACGGGAUCUCGCGUUUUCAUGUUCCGGUGGUGUGAAUGGAUUCCACUCAGUGGAUUGAUGACGCUCCUCUCAGAAUCGGCCGACCUGUCUACCAAAAAAGAUGCUUGGAAGUAUCCCAUCAGGGUCUCCAUUUUUCAGGUUCUCUCCACGGCAUGCGGUAUAAUAAUGCCAUUGUGUCAAAGUUCUGCGCAAUGGAACUUUGUCAUGUUUGUCAGCUGUGCCCUCUUUGCGGCUCUUUUCCCCAGAGUUUCGGCGCGACGAAAGGCAUUCUUCCAAACUCCCCGAGGGCGCACAGUUUUGGAACGAGAAUACUACGAUCGACGCAGAUUCGCGUAUGGACUCAUGUCGUGCUGCGCCUUUUUCUGGUCCAACCUGGUAGCAAUGUAUUUUGUGAAUGCGGCGAUUCACUUCUUUUAUCCACCAGGUCAUUGGUUGAGGUUUCCAGCGUUGGCCAUGGCUUGUGAUACAUUUGCUGAUAUUCUCGCAAAGGUUGUCUACACGCGGAUCCUGGUCGAGGGACAUCUCAUUGUGUUUGCGUCGGAUUUGCGGAUGGUACGAAAGUUGAAUGAGUUGAAGCAACUCAUGUCCAUGCUAUGGAUCUCGAGCUCGGAUGUUAUUGUGAUUUCCACCAGACACUCCAAGAAUCGAAACGCGACAAUGCUGUCACCUAGCUUUCUGGCACUUGUCGGCGCCAAGCCACCUACAAUCCAUUCAAACUCCACCAACGAAGUCAGUGCGAGCUCUUCUUCCAACGAACUGAAACAAUCUCUUGCUCUUGUGUUGGAAACGGACCACGGCCGAGUCAAGUCCGCUUAUUACGUUGAUACUGGAAGCAUUUCAGGAGAACCAUACCCGGAACGUAUCGACCAGAGCAAGAUUCCUCUGGCAUACGAAGACUUGGAAAACAGUGCUGUCCUCCAAGCACUGCGAAUUACCAAUGCCGCGUGGAGCUCGCGACACUCGGACGAACCUCUUCGAGCAUUGUCCAUCACUCACUCCGAUGAAACUCGGGACGACACAAAGGUCAUGUGUGAAAUGAAAGUCUCGCGACACACAGAGGAGACAGCAGUGGCAAUUGUCCGCGAUGUUACCGAACGAUAUCGCAGAUUCGAAGCGGAAAGUCGAGCUCACGAGGAACAGAUUGCUCGCCAAAGAGACAUGCACACAGCAAAUCGAUUCACCCGGCACGAAGUCAAGAAUGGUUUGCUAUCAGGAAUUGAGCUAUGCCGCACUUUGGGACAAAGCCUCAAGGAGCUUCAGAAAAUUCUACAACAUAAUGGCUGUGGCACCGAUUACCUAGAUGCCUUGAAACAGAGCUCAGCUCACCUCGACGAGAUGGCAAUGAAAUCUCUCAUGGACCUGGAUGGUACACUCCAUGGCGUGCUCGAGACAGUCCUGGCCGAGGUUAUGGCAAGAGAGGUUGUGCACGGGGUGUACAAGCCGAGACUGGAGGAAUUGGAUGUCCCCUCCACGUUGGUAUCGGGCUUGGGCAUGAACAAGGACAGGAUACCCAUUAUUAUUGAAGGUGGCAGUAUGCCGAAGCUGCUAAUGGAUGCUCAGCUUGUUGGCCAUAUUCACCGAAAUGCUGUUAGCAACGCCCUCAAAUAUGGAGCUCAAGGCGGGCUAGUCAAAACCUUUGUGGGUUUUGAUGUUUCCAAGAAGGAGUUCAGGAUGGAGGUUACGAACGAGCCCGGCGAAGGCCAUGCGACGCUAUUGGGUAUGGGCGCAGCAGCCUCCGAGUUUGUCUUUGCCCAAGGUGUUCGUCUCCAGCCUCACAUGAAAGGCCAGACCGAGAAACUCGACUCAUCUGGGGAUGGAGCAUGGAUCAUGCAGAAGUGUGCCAGCACAAUGAAGGGGAUGUGCCACAUACACUUUACGGAAGGCUCGACAAGGUUCACGUUUGAGUGUCCAGCAGUUCCAGUGGCACCGAACAGUCAACCAAUGCACACCGAUUUUGUCGUACCGGACAAUGUUUGGGCCAUAGGGAUUGAUGAUUCCAAGAUCCAGCGCAAGCUGAUGACUCGAAUUUUCGGGCACGUGGGAGUGCCCACCUCGAGGCAACUGUUGCUUGGUGAGACUCCUGAAGACGUGAUUGAAUUCGAGUCGACACUGAACAAUCUCAUGGAACAGAAUCCAGGGGACAAGUUCUUGGUAAUUGUGGACGAGCACUUGGACUACGACAAUGUUGCAUGCAAUCAGCACGAUGGAAUCUAUUCUGGUUCCUUGAUAAUGAAGCGCGCCAUCGAACACAUGCCCAAAGCUUACUUGUCGAGAAGUCUGAUCCUGAUGCGUUCAGCCAAUGACUCCGCUGUUGACAUUGCCCUGUACACCCAACGAACUCAUGGCUACUUCCCCAAGGCCAUCAUGCAGAAGAACCGAACCCGACAAAUCUUGGCACCUCUGUGGCAGGAGCGCUUUGCUGAGGAGUAA